CUGGGUUUGGGACAGCUUUAUGCUUACUCUGGCGCUAACAAGCAAGCAGUUACUAUGGGCCAGGAACUGUGCUUGGCACUGCGAGUGCAAAGAAAGGCAUAAUAGGCACAACAACGCAACACACACACACAGUCCCUGUUCUCAAAUAGCACACAUUCUAACGGGGGAAACGACAUAUAAACAACUGUGUACAAACAAGAUAUAUGCAGGACAAGUGGGAGGGGUUCCGGAGAGCCAGGGAGAGAGAGUGGGUGGGCGGGAAAGACUUACAGAAAGUGAGGUUUGAGCUGAGUGUAAAAGAGAGACAAGGACUUACUGAGUUGAGGGAGGUAAGAGGGGAAAGCAUUCCAGUUAGGGAAAGCCAGUAAAAAAAAGCCUACAACCUAGAGAACAGCAGAUUAGAGAAGAGUUCCAGAAAAAGAGAAUUAUCUACUGUGUUAAAGGCUGGAGAAAGGGUUUUGCUGGGCAUUCCUUAAAAGUGCAUCUUCCCAAGGAGGCUUGUGGAAAAUAUUUACAUCUUUGAAGAAGAAUUGGCUAUAACUCAUAAAAAUGCAAGCCCCCACAGGUCCUACUGCACCUACAGAUGAUACAAAAAAAUCAACUGAUGCAGGACCAGAAGCCCCUCCUUCCUAUGUUUCUCAUUAUCAACCAGGACCUCCUGCACCAGGGGGCUAUCCUGCCACAGGCUAUCCAGUGCCAGGGCCUGGUGGCUAUCCAGGACCAAAUCAGCCAGUUGGCUUCCCUAUGUAUCAUCAGGGUGGUGGCCAACCAAUUGUGUAUCAGCCUGGCGUCAGUGCGAAUCCAAAUCAACCUCCCCAGAUAUCAUGGAUGCCAGGACCACCUCCGCUCCCAAACUGCCCACCUGGUUUGGAAUACCUAGUUCAGCUAGACAAAAUAAUGGUUUACCAGCAGGUUGAAGUUCUGGAAUUGAUGACACGAUUUGAAAGUAAUAACAGAUACGAAGUAAAAAACAGUAUGGGUCAGAUGAUAUACAUGGUGCUUGAGGACACUGAUGACAUCACCAGAAAUUCUUAUAAAUCAUUACGUCCCUUUGUCCUUCGGGUCGUUGACUGCAUGGGACGAGAAAUCAUGAGAAUGCAGAGGCCCUUUAGGUGUACCUGUUGCUGUUUUUGUUGCUCUUGUGCCAUGCAAGAGCUUGAAGUUCAGGCUCCUCCUGGUGUAGCUCUUGGCUAUAUUACCCAACACUGGGGCUGCUGCAGUGCAAAUUUCAGCAUUGAAAAUGAGAAGAAAGAACAUGUGCUGGACAUGGUUGGCCCAUGUUUACCUGAUAGCUGUGGCUCAGACACUUUUUAUGAGAUUCAAUCAUUGGAUAGAAGUAAUAUUGGAAAUAUUCGUAGGCAGUGGCCUGGCUUUCUCCAAGCAUCAGUAGCAGAUGCAGACAACUAUGAAAUCACUUUUCCUUUAGACCUCAACGUCACAAUGAAAGCUAUGGUUUUUGCAGCGUGCUUCCUCAUUGAUUUCAUGUUUUUUGAAAGGCCACCAAGAGCUAGUAGUAGCACCAGCCACCAUCGUGCCCAUCACGCCCAUCGCCACCAUCAGCAUCGACGACGACGACGCUAG